AAGGAGCAGAGCUCUUUCAGUUGGGACUGGGGCCCCUCGUUCCCAACGAUGGGACUGUGGAAGGGAGUUCGACUGGAGGCGUUUGAUGUCCUGCAGCUCCUCCAGGUUUCCUCUGUUCCUCUACACAGUCUCAGCCUCUCUCAGUGGAGAGUCCAGGUUGAGCUUCUCGUCGAUGCUGUCCAGACAACUAACGGGCAAAUCGUUCUCUCCAUACCUGAGCUGGACUCUGAGCAGAUCCUCCAGACACAGUUCCUCCCAGGAAAGACCAAGAACAGCUUCACCUUAAACAUCAACACGAGCAGCCAGGUGAAGCUGUGGUGGCCCAACGGACACGGAGACCAACCCUCUUACCAUCUCACUGUCAGAGGCUUUCAGGGGCGGGUCUUGAUCCUGAACACAGAGUCUAAGGUGUAUUUCCGCUCGGUAGAACUUGUCCAGGAGCCGGUUGUCGGCUCUCCCGGCUUGAGCUUUUAUUUCCGCAUCAAUGGGAAACCAAUUUUCCUCAAAGGCUCUAACUGGAUCCCGGCCCACUCCUUCCAGGACCAGGUGACUCCUGCUGUCUUAAGGAACCUGUUGCAGUCAGCCGUGGAUGUGAGCAUGAACGCGCUCAGGGUCUGGGGAGGAGGAGUGUACGAGCAGGACCUCUUCUACAGCUUGUGUGAUGAGAUGGGGAUCAUGGUUUGGCAGGACUUCAUGUUCGCCUGCGCUCUGUAUCCCACUGAGGACGACUUCAUACAGACAGUCAGAGAAGAAGUCGUCCAACAGGUUCAGCGUCUCAAGUCUCAUCCCUCCAUCAUCACCUGGAGCGGGAACAACGAAAACGAAGCUGCUCUGGCGACAGACUGGUUCAACAUCCCAGCUCCUCAGAGAGCUGCGUACCUGAGAGACUAUGUGACGCUGUAUGUGAACAACAUCAGGGCGCUCGUUCAAGAGGUGAGAGUCACGUUAUAUCAGUGGUGAGCCGUCAGGGCCUGCAAGGCCUUCUCUGCUGGCCUAAACAGAAUCACAAAGUUAUAUC